ACCAGUUUCAAUAUGGCGGCCUCGGCGCAAGGUUCUGGCACCGACCUUCGGACUGAGAAACUUGAACCAGUUCGUCACAAUUUUCUCUGAGCAAAGCAAGAUCAUGGUGGAUAGAUUAGCUGAAGCUUCCGACAAAGGAACCUUUUCGAUCUGGAAGUACGUCACAUCGUACACUAUGGACUCAGUUUGCGAGACUACAAUGGGCACAAAAUUGGGUAUACAGAAACAGGACAACCACCCAUUCCUGAAGUGUUUCGAAAGAUUCACCGAGCUGGUAGCAACCCGCACGCUUAUGCCGUGGCUCCAUAGUGACUUCAUAUAUAGAUUCACGUCUUACUAUAAACCAUACUAUUAUAACAUUAACUUUAUGACCAGUUUUGUUUCAAAGAUUAUAAAAGAAAAACGUCAAGCCUUAUUAGAUGGUACAAACAGCAAAAAUGCCAUCGAUGAACAAAAUAAUGAUACCGGCAAACCAGCGACGACGACCUUCUUGGAACUGCUAAUUGAGUACUCAGGAGGUGACAGAGGCUAUACAGAUUUGGAGCUUCGAGAAGAGACAAUGGUAAUGCUGCUGGCAGGCACUGACACAUCCGCAGUAGGCGCAUCCUUUGCUGCAGUCAUGCUGUCCAAGCACCAAGACAUGCAAGAGAAACUAUAUCAGGAAAUAAUGGAAAUUCUCGGUGAUAAGGACAGCGUCGCAGCCGAGGAUUUGCCACGAUUUAAGUAUCUGGAUGCUGUGGUCAAAGAAACUUUGAGACUGUACUCACCUGUGCCGAUCACAGCGAGGACUGCCGAUAGAGAUUUCGUUUUGCCAUCAGGUAGAAAGAUCGUGAAAGGAUCGGGUGUGAUCAUCCACAUAUGGGGGACGCACAGAAACCCUAAGUACUGGGGAGCCGAUGCCGAAGUAUUCAGGCCCGAGAGGUUCUUCGAUUUACAACUGGAUCAUCCUGCAGCGUACAUGCCCUUCAGCUACGGACCCAGAAACUGCCUUGGUUACCAAUACGCAUCGAUGUCUAUGAAAACAGUAGUUGCAUCACUAGUGAAGCGUUACAAGAUUCUACCUGCAGAGCACGUUGUUGAAGAUGGCGAGAAACCUUUAAGGGUCAAAUUCGACAUCAUGAUGAAGCACGUUGACAAUUACCAAGUACAGUUAGUUCGCAGAAAAUGA